CGGGUAUCUCAUCUUGUCGUUGGAGAUGGCAGAAGAUGGGAAGGUCCGAAUUGAGAAGUUCGAUGGUACAGAUUUCAGUUGGUGGAGAAUGCAAAUUGAAGAUUUGCUGGUCCAGAAAGAUUUGGACGUGGUUUUGGGUGACAAGUCAGAAAAAAUGUCGGAUGCAGAUUGGGCAGUUUUGGAUCGGAAAACAAUGUCCGUGAUCCGUCUCUCGUUGACCAAGAAUGUUGCGUUCAACAUUCUGAAGGAGACGACAGCGAAAGGCAUCAUGGAAGCGCUGUCUAACAUCCAGACUUUUGUCAGUGGGAUUAAGUUCGAUGAUGAAGUUCAAGCUUUAUUACUGUUAUCGUCAUUGCCUGACACUUGGUCCGGAACUGUUACAGCAGUUACCAGUUCAGCGGGACCUGACGGAUUCACUUUUGAGAAGAUUCGUGAUCUCGUUCUUGGCGAUGAUGUCAGAAAAAGGAGUUCUGGUGAGUCUUCGGAAGAAUCACUAAAUAUCGUCAGAGGCAGAAGAAAUAACAGAGGUAGUGGGAGUAAGAACAGACAAAGGAGUCGAUCGAAGACUAGGGAUAGCUCAGGCGUAACAUGCUGGAAGUGCAAGGAGGUGGGGCAUUUCAGGAAUCAGUGCCCGAAAGAGGAUAAACAAGUGAACAUUGUUAGAGGCUCCGCGAGCGACGAGGAUUUGUUUAUCUGUUGUGCGAAGAGCAGUGUAGAUUUCUGGGUCAUGGAUUCUGGUGCUUCAUUUCAUGCUACCCACAGCGGUGAAGCAUUGCAGAAUCUAGUUGUUGGGGACUUUGGAAAGGUACGACUAGCAGACCCCUGUGAAGCAUUGCAGAAUCUUGAUGUGACGGGCAUGGGUGACAUAGUGCUGAAGACCCCUGUCGGUAUCUGGACUUUGAAGGAUGUCAGAGUGGUUCCAGCCUUGAAGAAAAGUUUGAUUUCUGUUAGGUGGUUGGACGAACAGGGACACGAGGUGAAGUUCGGAAAUGGGCAGUGGAAGGUCGUGAAGGGAAAUCUUGUCAUGGCCCGCGGAAGGAAGAGUGGGUCGUUGUACAUGGUCGGGUUACCGUCUCAGUUCAGAAGAGAAACAAAGUCCGGUUCACAGAGUCUCGUGGGCAGAAGAAGGUUUUCUAUGCAAGAAAGAAACCCAGAGCCACAGGUCAGACUCAGGAUGAACGAGCGAGGAAAGGAUGUUCCAGGAUCCGGCAGUGCGUGUGUGCAGUGGGAGCCGGUAGGGACCGAGGACGAGUCAGGGGCAGUUCAAGCCAUGACUGAUGGGUUGAAACUCAAGAGAGUUUCAACAGAGUCUUCUCGAUGAUCAAGAAGGCUGGUGGCAACUAGAGGUGGUGGAAUUUUGUGUUCCAUUGUCAGAUUACAGAAGUACAUGUGCACAGUUGAAGCGCAG